AUGGUUAUGAGAUCUGAUGUGGGGGAUGAAUAUGUUAAAAUCCAAGGGAUUUUCUUGAAAUUUGCUAAUUCCGAUUUUCAGAAACCUGCCACAAGUUUGGAUACUAAAAGUGUGAAGCUCCCCACUUUGAAACCUGCCACAAGAUUGGAUACUGAAAGUUUGAAGAAAAAGGAUGCAUGGAUCCCCGGAAGGGGCAGAUAUCCUGAAACUUAUGUUUUGAAGGACCAGGAAACUAGAUAUCGUCUACGGUGUCUGGAUUUGAUGGUAAACAUGGAGGUGCGACACAUAUUCCAGACCCGCGCCAAGGUCAUUUCUUAUGUCCGACGGUUCCUUGAAAAUUUAAAUUUUCUUGAGACACCUAUGAUGACCAUGAUUGCUGGAGGAGCAGCUGCACGUCCAUUUGAGACUUAUCACCAUGACCUGCACAUGAGGCUUUUUAUGCGCAUAGCACCUGAGCUUUAUCUGAAGCAACUUGUUGUUGGUGGAUUCAACCGUGUAUGA